AGUCAGAUCUCCCAGUCUGUCUUUGAGCCGCUCCUGACUGUACGGGAAUAAUCACUGGGACUGGACCUGCACAGACCGGGACAUAGACCAAGACACAGACCGGGAACCGGACCAGGAACGGGUUCAGAUCGGACUAAGAAUCAGACCAGGAACGGGACCGAAUCAAACGGGAUCAGAGAUGGACAGUCGGCCUUCGUCGCUGCUGUAGGUCAGUGAUGGCAGCCGUGUUUCCUAAAUGUGGAGGAGUCGCGUCCAGGCUCCAUGUUGGUCGUCAUGGCAACGCUGGAUGGAAGCACGCCGGUUGAGAAGCUUCUGUCAGUGAUUCACCUUGAGAGGUAUCUGGACAGCUUCCAUCGAGCUGGUCUCCUAUUGGCCAAAGACUUUACACACCUGGACCAUGAAGCCCUGGUCAGUCUGGGUAUAACCGCCACAGGACACAGGAAGAGGAUCCUCCGAUUGGUUGUCUACAUUCAGAGGGCGGAGGCUCAGAGAGCGAAUCAGAAGGUUGAUCUGCCACGCGACCGCUGUCAGUCUGUGUCAGGCUCCUCCUCCUCAGAGCGAGUUCCCAGCACGGCGUUGCUUGGCGAGUCGUUGGGACCCGUUAACUUCGAGGCGUUCAGGAACAGCUCGGCUCCGAACCUGAGAGCCAUGCUGACCAAUGACAGCCCCCGCCCCGUCCUGAAGCCCAUCCCCAAACCCAGAACUGUUUUUAACCGCCGACGAACCACACCUGUCCACUUCUGUCCAACCCCAGACCCCGCCCCGCCCCCACCGAGGAGGCUAUCCCAGGACUCCAUCUGUUUCACCGUAUUAGAGGGUCUGACCUCAGGAGACACAGCUGCACCUGAACACCUGAAGUCCACAUCUGACCGCGACAUCGAGUCGAGUUUAUCUGGCAGAAUGCCGAGUCAGGCUGAGAGGAGGAAACCGAGUCGGAGCUUCUCUCUGUCAGACGCUGGAAGACUGUUACCGCCUGUUCCCCCGAGGCUUAACCGCGGGCCCCUCCCUGCCACAUCCCAGGGGUCCCCACCCUCUUCUUCUUCUUCUUCCUCACCUAUACGGACAGAGCAGGUGAACCAUCUUUCACCCAUGACUUCCUGUCCUGGUAGUGUGGACAGCAGCAGACUCUCUGGAUCCUCGGGGGGGUCACCCAGAGGGGGAGGGCUGGAGAUGGUCUCUAAUGAGAUCUACUGGGGCACCUUACCUGGUUCUACUGCCCCUGCUGGAGUGAGACGGUACUGCAGCCAGCAAUCAGCUCCACCGACUCCACCCAGACAAACAACUGACAGGAAAACACCUGACAGGAACCCCGAGAGGAACAGUGGCAGCACUUUAAGUAACAACUCUUCAGGAUCAGCCCGAGCUUCAACAGAUGACCCUGAGGAGGAGAUCAGUCCGUACUGUGAAACUGUUUUUCAAACCAGAAGAAAUCCACUCAUCUUGGAGCAGAGUGACAGAGACACCAGGAAGGGGGAACAUGCAGAGGAUCAUGGGAAUCUGAAGUUCUCGUGGACGAAGCGUUUGUCUCAGGCUCUUCACCCCGGAGACUCUCAGGGUUACAGCACAGUUGGAGAACCUCCACCACCACCCCUCCACUCCCUCUCCCUGCCAACCCACACCUUCCUAUUUGAGGGGGAUGAGGACCUGACAAUCUCCCCCUACGCCAGCUACACCUCCCUGACCGAGAGAGCCCCGCCCAUCAUCAGUGGCUGGCUGGACAAGCUGUCUCCACAGGGAAACUACGUUUUCCAGAAGCGCUACGUGAAGUUUGACGGCAAAAACCUGAUGUACUUUGGCAGUGAGAAGGACGUUUACCCCAAAGGAGUGAUCCCAUUGGCUGCCAUCCAGAUGGCCCGCCCCGCCAAAGACAACAAGUUUGAGAUUGUGACGAGUCACAGGAUCUUUGUUUUCAAGGCCGAUAAUGAAGUGCUGAAGCGGCGGUGGGUGGGCACGCUGCAGGAGCACGUCAGGGAUCAGCUGGUGUUUGGUCGGAGGCGGUUCGGUCCAGGUUCUCACUGUCAGAAACACGGCGUGCUCGAGCUGAAAGGAACCAAGUCCAAAGUUUACGCCGCCAUCAUGACCGACCAGAUCUGGCUCUACAAGAGUGAACAGUGUUUCCGUAACGGGAUCGGCAUCACAGUGAUCGAAGCUCGAGGAUCGACCAUCAGAGACGGAAAACACAAGAGCUUCGAGCUCAUCACUCCGUACAAGAACUUCAGCUUUACAUCAGAGUCAGAGCGGGAGAAGCGGUAUUGGAUGGAGGCCCUGCAGGAGUCCAUCGCUGAGACUCUGUCGGACUAUGAGGUGGCCGAGAAGAUCUGGUCCAACCGCUCCAACAGGAUGUGUGCCGACUGCAAGGCCCUGAACCCCGACUGGGCCUCCAUCAACCUGUGUGUGGUCAUCUGCAAGAACUGUGCAGGGCAGCACAGAGGACUCGGGACGAUGGUCUCAAAGGUUCAGAGUCUGAAACUUGACACCAGCGUGUGGAGCAACGAGAUCGUCCAGCUGUUCAUCAUGCUGGGGAACGACCGGGCCAAUGAGUUCUGGGGGGCGGGUCUAUCUCCAUGGGAGGAGAUGGACUGUGACGCGUCGCCCGAGCAGAGACGAGAGUUCAUCACCCAAAAAUACAAAGAGGGACGAUUCAGACUGAAACACCCGACGAUAAGCAGCCAGGAUGAGCUGCUGAAGGUUUUGUGCUCGGCCGUCUCUGAACAGAUUCUUCUGAAAACCGUCACUCAGAUCUUCUCGGAGGCAGAGUCAGCUCGGCUCGCCAACGACUCCAACGGCUGCCAGCGACACCUGCAGCAGCUGAAUCACUGCACGCCGUCAGACCCCGAUGUGUACGAUGAGAUCAUGCAGCCCGUCCUGCACUCUGGUUACCUCUACAAGUCCGGCUCGGCCCACAGAGGAACACUGUCAAGGAAAACCAGAGAAGACUUCCAGAAGUUCUGGUGUUCAGUGGAUCAGUCUCUGCUCCUGUACGAGUCGGAUCGAUCAGCUGAUCCCUGCAUGCAGAUCAGCGCCAAAGACAUUGUGUGUUUGGGUGUCAGUCGACCUGACUCCUCCCACAGCAGCAACGGCUUCAUCGACAGGUUUCGUUACACCUUCGAGCUCUAUCUGACGUCAGACAAACUCCAUCAGUUUGGUUUGGAGACGGCUGACGCUCUGCACAGCUGGACCAGAUCCAUCGGAAAGGCAACGACCCCCCUCAGCUGUCACUGCCUCCUGACUCGGGAGUUUGAGCGGGUGGGGCUGCUGCGGUACAGAGCCAUGUUGGACGCUCAACAUUGGAAGGAGGCGUUCUUUGUCCUGCAGAAGUCCAACCUCUUCAUCUGUCCCCGAAACGACGGAGCGGCAGAGGACAUCAUCAACCUGAACCGGCUGCAGGAGCUCAGUAUCACCUCGGAGACGGAGAACCAUGAGAAGAAGGACAUCCUGGUUUUAGUGGAGAGGGGAAGGACACUCCACCUGCAGGGUGUGGGCCGCGCAGACUUCUCUCUGUGGUACUCGGACAUCCAACGAGCGGCAGGCGGGAAAGGAAACACUCUGAGAGAGCAGCAGCUGAGCAGGAACGACAUCCCCAUCAUCGUGGACAGCUGCAUCGCCUUCAUCACGCAGUACGGUCUGGGUCACGAGGGGAUCUACAGGAAGAAUGGAGCCAAGUCCCGGAUCAAACUCCUGAUGGAAGAGUUCCGGAAAGACGCUCGAAAUGUCAAACUGCGGAUCGGAGACCACUUCAUCGAGGACGUGACUGAUGUCCUCAAGAGGUUCUUCAGAGAGGUCGACGACCCCGUCUUCAUGUGCGACUUGCACCCCCUGUGGCAGGAGGCCGCCAAAAUUCCCCAGAGGAGUCUGAGGCUUGACCGCUACAAAGAGAUCAUCCGGUCUCUUCCUCGAGUCAACAGGACCACCCUGGCUGCUCUCAUCAGUCACCUGUACAGAGUCCAGAAGUGUGCUGAUCUGAACCAGAUGUGCACAAAGAACCUGUCGCUGCUGUUCGCUCCCAGUCUGUUUCAGACGGACGGGAAGGGAGAACACGAGGUGAAGAUCGUAGAAGACCUGAUAGACAACUACCUGUACGUCUUUGAUAUUGACGAGGAGCAUCAGACUCAGAUCGAGCUGGAGAUCAGCCUCAUCACCACCUGGAAGGACACGCAGCUGUCUCAGGCCGGUGACCUCAUCAUUGAAGUUUACCUGGAGAUGAAGAUACCAGACUGCUGCAUCACUCUAAAAGUGUCUCCCACCAUGUGUGCUGAGGAGCUGACCAAUCAGGUUCUGUUCAUGAGGAAUGUCCCAGCCACAGACAGAGACGUGUGGAUGACGUUUGAGGCCAUCGAGGAGGGACAGCUCGAGCGUCCGUUACACCCCAAAGAGAAGGUGCUGGAGCAGGCGCUGCAGUGGUGCAAGAUGGCAGACCCGAGCUCCGCCUACCUGGUGGUGAAGAGAGUUCCUAAAGGAGAGGGCAUCAACAUCCUCACCUCCUAUAAGAGUGAGAUCAUGAAGGUGGGUCUGCUGAAGUGUCGGGAGGAACCUCCGAAGCUGCUUCAGGGAAACAGGUUCCAGGAGAGGACGUUCCAGAUCAAAGAGCACAAACUGCUGCUGCUCAAAGACAAGAAGAGCAUCAAACCGGAGAAGGAGUGGGCUCUGAAGUCCAUGAAGAUCUACAUCGGCAUCCGCAGGAAGCUCAAAGCUCCGACCAGGUGGGGCUUCACAGUCAUGUCAGACAAACACCAGCUGUUUCUGUGCUGCACCAGUGAGGCUGACCUCUGGGACUGGAUCACUAGCUUUCUCAAAGCUCAGAACGAUGACCCCGGUCCUCCGGUGCUGAGGCGUCACUCCUCCUCUGAUAUCUCCAAACAGAAGUUCGGCACAAUGCCUCUCGUCCCCAUUAGAGGAGACGAGAGCAACAGCAGCCUGCUGUCGGCCAAUCAGACGCUGAGAAAGUUACACGACAGAAGGACUCUCUCCAUGUACUUUCCCAUGAAGGUGCAGCGGGACCCGUUGGAGGAGCGCCCUGAGUCUCCGGACCUCCCUGAGCCGCUCUACGAGGAGGUUGGGGACUUCGGCCUGCAGGUCCUGAAAUCUCUGGAGACCAGCUUCCUGUCCAGCAGCACUUCAGAGACCCAGGAGGUCCUGGACCAGCCGCCGCUCAGACUGGUCCCGUUGGAAACGGGGCACAUGGACCGCAUCAUUGUCCCCGACCCGGUCCUUAACGACGGGGGCUGUGUGGACUCUGAGGAGCAGAGAGGAGGAGGAGAUGGAGGAGCAGACUGUCAGCAGCUCGCAAUGAGGAGGAGGAGGAGUCAGCUGACGGGGGUCUGUACGCCGUCACAGGAGCUGCUGCUGCAGGAGCUGUCGUCUGCCUUUAACAGGAGGACCGAGGAGGAGGGGGAGGGAGAGGAGGUGCAGGAGAUACAGGAGGAGCGGAAUCAAGACGAUCAGGAGGAGGUGGAGGAGAAGCCGUAUGAUGUCUGAGAGGGAAGAAACUUUUAUCAUCGCUCAUUUAAUUGAUGAAAGUUCAGAGUCUGCUUGAGUCAGGAGGAAAUCUUUAACACCUGAUUCCUUUACAUCAGAUUUAUUUUUAUUUCUGUUUCUGCAGCCAUAAAAACAACACACUGACUGUCUGUUUACAAUCCUGCAGUAUGUGACCGCCCAUCUCAGUGAUGGGCAUGUUACUAAAAAUGAUUAACUAGAUACAGUUACUAGUUACUACUUUCAAAAAGUAAGUGAGUAACUUCCUGAGUUACUCAUUUACUUCAUUAUAAGUAACUGUAGCGUUACUUGUUUUUGCUUCAAUGCUCAUAUUCAUUUUCACAUUAUUCAGUGUUGCUGUGUGAGAGAAAGCAACUCUCACAUUCAUAUAACAUUAAAGCCAAUUUAAAUAUGGAGGUCUUUUCUCUGAAGGCAACAACGUGCCUGUCAAUCAGUCCUGGCAAACAGAUUGUGGAGCUGGAGCUACAAACAGACAGAAGCCUUGGUCUCCUGGGUCUGCCGAGCUAAAGUGAGCUUCAGCUGGGUCUUGGGUGUCUGCAGUGGCGGGUUCUCUGACAAGUAGUUCAGUAGAAGCGUGUUGUUUGGCUUGGUGAUUCAUGAUUAGAAGUACUAUUCCUGGUGGUGGGCAAAGCUGUCCUUCCUGCACAGAGUACAACUCUUGUCCUUCACCUCGAGAAAGGAAGAAUAAUGUCGGUAUUUCCAUUUUUACCUCAGAUAUAUUAAUCACAAAAAUUCACAAAAUCACAUCAGUAUUCAAAGACCUGUCAGAUCGGAUCAAGUUGUUAAAUUUUAUCGAUCAUCUGACAUAACACUGAGGAUACAGGAUUGAUCUCAGGGAGCUGGUGACUCUUCAGGAGAGUCGGAGUUCUGACGUGGGGUGGGAUUUGAACUCCCUACCUGCCACUGUCGGCGCCUUGCUCUCCCUUCAGUUUUGCUCGGAUCCGAUUAUUUUGUUUGUCGGUUCACAUAACUUUUAAAAUGUGGCCUGUGUCAGACUCCUGUGGGACCUGGUCACGGUCCUGAACUGACCCGCACGCCUAAAAA